ACGAAGUAAACAAUGUUGUUGGCUCUUUCUGGCAAUGAAAGGUUAAGUCUUUUUGUCCAAUUGUAAGCCAAGUUGUGUUCCACUUCUACGAGAAAGCGAAGAAAGGAAACCACCUGGUAAUGGCUACAUGCCUAUAUUGUCUAACUCUUGCGGCUCCGUAGUGUCCAAACUCCAAACAUCUUCUUCAAUUCUUACAGAUGAAUCCCAUGACAGUCACCACUUCAGCUUCGAAAGCUGCUACCAUUCGUUUCUCUGAUGCUGGCAUCAGCAUGCGAGAUGGAAGGUAUAUCCCCAACAUUUGUUUGAAUGCAAACUACGGGUCAAAACUCAAGCAUCAUCACUUCCUGGAGUUGUCAUGGGUCAAGAGAGAUGGAUCAUGGCCUGAUCUUGUUUGUAAAACUCCAAAAUCAAUCAGAAGUGUGAAGAUAGAUGGAGGAUUCAAAGUGAGGGCAUUUACUGAAGAACAAGAAGCUUUGGUUGUCAAAUCAUGGAAUUCGAUGAAGAAAAAUGCUGGUGAACUUGGUCUUAAAUUCUUCUUGAGGAUUUUUGAGAUUGCCCCUUCUGCUAAGAAGCUGUUCAAAUUUUUGAGGGAUUCAGAUAUCCCUCUAGAGCAAAACCCAAAACUAAAACCCCAUGCCGUAACUGUCUUUGUUAUGACCUGUGAAUCAGCUGUCCAACUUCGAAAGGCAGGCAAAGUUACAGUGAGAGAAUCCAAUCUGAAAGAUUUAGGUGCCACCCAUUUCAAGUAUGGUGUUGUUGAUGAACAUUUUGAGGUCACAAAAUUUGCAUUGUUGGAGACAAUUAAGGAAGCAGUACCAGAAAUGUGGUCAACAGAAAUGAAGAAUGCUUGGGGAGAAGCCUAUGAUCAGCUGGCUGCUGCUAUUAAAAAUGAAAUGAAUCCUCCUUCUUAAGUUCCUUGUAUAAAAGAGAUAUUUUGAGAGAUGUUUAGUUUGGAAGUGUCUUGUACUCUGGUCCUUUAAAUUCAAAUAAAAUUUUGUAUGUUUUUGUUCUAA